AUGGCGCAGGACGACAUCCCGGAGUCCACCGCCUCUGGAUCCUCCUCCUCCUCCUCAGCCCCGGCAGCUCGCCUGAACGCCGCCGCGCCCGAGUUCACCCCUCGAUCCGCCGCCCAGCACCACAACCACGGCAACAACCCGCAUCGCCGCGGCCUGCACCACCACCAUCAACCGCAUCACCACCACCACCACUACCACCAUCACCAGCCGCACCAGCACUACCAGCCGCGGCACCAGCACCACCAGGCCGAGGAUGAGGGGAGCGCCGCCACGACGGCGGAGGAUAGGGAGGGCCCCACUGGUGCGGGGCAGGCGCAGCACCGGCUGCCCGAACCUGAGGCCCGCAAGCUCGUCAAGCAGGUUGAAUUUUACUUCAGCGAUAUCAAUUUGGCCACAACUGAACAUCUGAUGAAGUUCAUCACUAAGGAUCCAGAUGGAUUUGUGCCAAUAUCUGUAGUUGCAUCUUUUAGGAAGAUCCGGGAGAUAGUUUAUGACAGAUCCUUGUUGGUUGCUGCAUUGCGCACAUCAUCCGAGCUGGUUGUUUCAGAGGAUGGGAAACAUGUUAAACGCUCACAGCCCUUCAAUGCUGAAGAAGUUCAGUCUCGCAUUGUUGUUGCUGAAAAUUUACCUGAGGAUCAAAAGCAUCAGACUUUGAUGAAGAUUUUCUCAGCUGUUGGGAGUGUGAAAUCCAUACGUACCUGCUAUCCACAAGAUGUUGCUGCAGCAGCUGCUAACAAAACAUCGAGGAUUGAGAUGAUUUUUGCUAAUAAGCUUCAUGCUUUUGUGGAGUAUUCAACUGUUGAAGAUGCUGAAAAAGCAGUUGCUGAAUUCGGUGGAGGGGGAAACUGGAGAGAUGGGAUUAGAGUUCGUUCACUGCUUGGUUGCCUGAAACAUGGAUUGGGCCAAGGAAGAAAAGGUGGAGACGAGGAGUAUGAUGCAGAUGAAGAUGGCCCUGACACAACUGACCAUCAACAAGACUAUGGAACAGAUGUUGCUGCCCAGAACUCAGAAGCACAUUUUGAUCAUCAGGCUGAAGAUAGCACCCAUGACAAGGGUGGAAUGAGGCAGCAGGGGAGAGGGAGAGGACGUGGAGGCAGAGGCAGAGGCCGUGGUCAGUAUUUUGGCCACAACAGCCGAGAUGGCCACCAUCCGGUUGGCACUCCCCCAUCGGAGCAUCCAGCUGUGCCGAAGCCGCCCCGGGCCCCCGCAUGCCGGAUGGCACAAGAGGGUUUACCAUGGGCCGAGGGAAGCCGCUCAACCCUACCACUGAUGCUGCAGCUAACCCUAGCACUGACGCUGCUUAGCUGCAGCGUCUGUGCCGGUGUCGGCCUUUUGCCCUGCUCAUCAGUCUUUUGCAAACCGAUUGCAGUGGUCAUCUGCUCAGGUUCUAAACCUGAUGUGAGAAAAAAGAGAGAUGGCUGGUGCUAUGGUACAUGCGUGUAUAUUAACACAGGAAGUUUAAACAUGUGA